AUGUCUGACGCUGCUGUGAAGCCCAACGCCUGGACUGACGAAGCCAAGAAUGAGCUUCUGUUGCGUAUCAUCGCCCAACUGAAGCCCGAGGGCAAGUCCAUCAACUGGUCUGAGAUCAACAUGGAGGGCCGCACUGUGAAAAGCCUUCAGAACCAGUGGACUUUCUUCAACAAAAAGAUUGAGGCUUUCAAGAACCAAGCCGCCGAUGGCAGCGCCCCAGCUACUCCUGCUAAGAAGGCUACUCCUGGUCGCAAGCGGGGUCCCAAGGCCAAAAAGGUCGGUUCCGAUGACGACGAUGUCUUCGAAACCUCCAAGGUGACCCCUCGUAAACGCCGAGCUCCUAAGGCACCUGAAAGCGAUGCUAAGGUCGUCAAGAAAGAGCUUAGCGAGGCCAUCGUCAAGGAUGAGGAGAUGGACGACGACGAAGAUGCCCAUGGAGAGGUUUAG